UGUGACUUCGUCGUAAACAGGAAGCAGCUGAUCUUGACUUCACUGCCUGCUUCUGCCAAGUAAUGAAUACAGCUGUGGUGUUGAAAACAGAUAAAAACCGUAGACUCAGAUUACUUGAAUAUAAGUAAUCGUUCCACUCUGUCGGGCUGAAGAGGACCUGCUGCAGUAACAGACUGAAGUCAUCUGACCUGCAGCUCACACUGAAACUGCACACCGUGUCUGCUGAGGGGGAUGUCAGGCACAGCAAUGAAGAAGAAGGUGUUAUUGAUGGGAAAAAGUGGUUCUGGAAAGACCAGUAUGAGAUCAAUCAUCUUUGCCAAUUACAUAGCUCGAGACACACGUCGGCUUGGAGCUACAAUUGAUGUCGAACACUCCCAUGUGCGGUUUCUUGGCAAUCUGGUUCUAAACCUGUGGGACUGUGGAGGACAGGACACGUUCAUGGAGAACUACUUCACCAGCCAGAGGGACAACAUUUUCAGAAAUGUAGAGGUGCUUAUUUAUGUAUUUGAUGUCGAGAGCCGUGAGUUGGAGAAAGACAUGCAUUACUACCAGUCGUGUCUUGAGGCCAUCCUGCAGAACUCUCCGGAUGCUAAAGUGUUCUGCCUCGUGCACAAAAUGGAUCUGGUGCAGGAGGACCAGAGAGACCUGAUCUUCAAGGAACGUGAAGAAGAUCUGAAGAGACUGUCCAGACCUUUGGCCUGUACGUGCUUCAGGACGUCAAUCUGGGAUGAAACGCUGUAUAAGGCCUGGUCGAGCAUAGUUUACCAGCUCAUCCCAAACGUCCAGCAGCUGGAGACAAAUCUGAGGAAUUUUGCGCAGAUCAUUGAAGCAGAUGAAGUUCUUCUGUUUGAGAGAGCCACUUUCCUGGUGAUCUCCCACUAUCAGUGCAAAGAGCAGCGUGAUGCUCACCGGUUUGAGAAGAUCAGCAACAUUAUCAAACAGUUUAAACUCAGCUGUAGUAAACUUGCAGCCUCUUUCCAGAGCAUGGAAGUGAGGAACUCCAACUUUGCGGCCUUCAUUGACGUAUUCACCUCCAACACAUAUGUUAUGGUCAUCAUGUCAGACCCUUCCAUUCCCUCUGCAGCCACUCUCAUCAAUAUCCGUAACGCUAGGAAACACUUUGAGAAGUUGGAGCGGGUGGACGGACCCAAGCACAGCCUGCACAUGCGGAUGCGUUAGCCUCGUGGAUUAGUUCCUGUGGAUCCUCUCAGGCAAUCAGUCCACAGACCGCAGACAGCAGGUUGAGGUCCGGCCCAACACACACGAGCAGCCCCGCACCGUUUCUUCUGUAUCUUCACAUUCAAUCACAGAUAUUACUGGGGGAAAAAAAAUCAUAUUUUCUUUGGUUCUAAUUUCUACAGUGAUCACAUGUAUCUUGAACCGUGAUGCAUUCUGUUGAAAUAUUUGUUCUAACUUGACACAUUAAAGAAAAACAAGUAGUUGUGUUUACUAUGAAACAU